AUGAGUGCCAGGGCAGGAACUCCUUACAUUGGCAGUAAAAUAAGUUUGAUAUCUAAGGCACAGAUUCGUUAUGAGGGCAUAUUAUCCUCUGUCGACACAGACAGGUCCACGGUUGCUUUAGCCAAAGUUAAAUCCUAUGGCACAGAGGACCGGCACACUGAUAAACCAAUGCCACCCAAAGAUGAAAUUUAUGAAUACAUCGUCUUCAGAGGAAGUGACAUAAAGGACAUCACUGUGUCUGAACCACCAAAACCAUACCAUGGACUGCCUCGUGACCCUGCUAUUAUUCAGUCAUCUGUUGGAGGCUCCUCUGGUGCCUAUCACCCACGCUGGAGUCCAUACAGGGACAUGAUGCCCACCUACAACCAGCUGGCUGCUAGUUCGCUACUCAACCAGCAGUACAAUGCAGCACUGGGCCUAGUACCAGGAUUUCACGGCAUCCCAGCCAGAAGGGCUCCCAUGGUAGAGCAGGCUGUCCAGACCGCACCGUUGGCCAGUGCUGCCCAGAAAAAGGGGAAAUCCUCAACCCCGCCACAAAGCAAACAGACUGCUCGUCCAGCCCAACGCUCCAGUCGGGAUGGUUCUCAAGCUCAAAAGGAGAAUAUUUCCACCAGUCGGACACCAUCCCAACAAAGUGCAGCCAAGACUCAAGGCCAAAGCACUGAUAACCAGAAACAAAGGCAGAAACAAGGCAGUCGCAGGUCCAGGACCAGAAGCAGAGGCCAGCUUCUUGUGAAAAACUCCAAAGCCACAACCUUGCAGUUUGAAUCAGAUUUUGAUUUUGAGACUGCAAAUGCUCAGUUUAAAGAUGAUCUUACGAAAGAGGUUGUCGUUGAGAAGAUAGACUCAGGGGAUGCUCUGGACAGCCAGGGUAUGCAGGAGGAGGAAACUCCUGGGGAGAAGUACUACGAUAAAGCUAAAGGCUUCUUUGACAACAUCUCAUCAGACCUUAAACCCAGGAGGACCACAUGGGCGGAGGAGAAGAAGCUGAACAUGGAAACAUUUGGAGCACCCGGCCGCCUCCUGAGAGGCAGAGGGUUCAGGGGCCGAGGACGCAAAGCGCAGAGCACCACUGAGCAACGACCCCUCCCAAAAGUUGGUAGUGGGAGGGUGUGA